CAUAGAGUUUGGUGGGGACAUUGACAGCAUGAUUUGUUUGUACUUCAUGAAAUAAUUUUCCUGAACUAUUGAUUCAUUCGCGUCGAUAUCACCUUCGAAAAUUGAUAAAUGAAAACAGGAAAUGAUGGUGUGCCGAAUGUGUCUGCAAAAGUCGGAAUGCCCCCUAUACAUUUUCGCAGAGGAUUCAGCCAAGUUCCAAAUAGCACCGACAAUAGCUCGCCACUUUUGGUUUGAACCUAGCAAGGAUGAUCCGAUCUCGACCCUAAUCUGUUUGUGUUGCUGGUCGAAAAUCGAGGAUUUCCACUUGUACUAUUUGAGCGUCGAAGAAGCUCAGCGUCGGUUGACAGAAGCGCCGCCGAUCAAAGAGGAAGUGGUGGCCGCAGAUUUUUUUAAGAAUGAACCAGGCGACGACGAGACCGUACCAAGCAAAACUGAGAAGGAAGAGACUUGUGACAACGCUGCCGGAAAGUUUGAAUUUAUUGGACAGGACUACGAUGGAGGCGAUGGCGAGGACGCUGCUUUCGAGAAUGAAGACGCCCGCGAUGCAGAUUAUACAAAUGAUUUGGACGAUUUCGAUACAUCUGAUGACGAACCGCUUGAAACAUUGAAGUCAGAAGCCAAGCAAAACAACACUAGGGGCCGACAAGAUUCUCAAUCAAAAUCUAAUGAGGUAUCGAUAAAAUCGGAAGAAAAUGAGGCUUCAUCGUCCGUGGAAAGUAAAACACAAGUGAUAGCAAAAAAACGAGGUCGGAAGAGAAAAUCAGAAGCAACCACACCUAAGAAACCACCUGCAGACUCUGAGCAACGGAAGAAAACAAAUGAAUAUGACGAGGAAAUCGCUAGACAAACUACAUUAAAAUGUGAUCUUUGCACAUCAGAGUUUAAACUAUUUGCUGAGAUGCAACGACACUACCGUUCCGUGCACAAAGUGAAAGGCUAUGCCGUUUGCUGUUCAACAAAGUUCUAUAACCGUAGUACAUUCUUCAAUCACAUGAUUAAGCAUGUGGCACCUGAAAGGCUGAAAUGUGACAAAUGCGAUAAAAUCUUCUCGAAUAAACGAGCAUUACAAAAUCACACACUCAUAUUCCAUGACCCAGUCGACAUAAAAAUCUUCCACUGCGACCAAUGUCCAAAACGUUAUGCGAAGCAGUAUCAAUUGAAUCAUCAUAAAAAGACACAUCUGGAGAAGAAUAGGACGGACUUCACUUGCGAUGAAUGUGGAAAGGGUUUCAGCAAUAAAAAUGUAUUAAAAGCACACAAACGCGGUAUUCAUGAAAAUGCAUAUUCUCGCAUGUGUGACAUUUGCGCUAAAGUAUUACCAAGCGGUGCACAGUUCAUCAAACACAAAUUAGAGCACGAGGGCAUUUUCGAACCAAAAGCACAGUGUGAGAAAUGUGGAAAGUGGCUUAAGAAUGCAUUCCAAUUAAAAUUACAUAUGAGAAAGCAUACUCGUCCGGAAGUAAAUCAGUUCGUUUGUAAUGUAUGUGGUAAAACUGCACCUUCGAGAAAUGCAUUACGGGGGCAUAUCCGUUACGUUCACGUUGCAGGACGGCAGUUUCAGUGUACUUAUUGCGACAAAGCGUUCAAGCGAGCUCUGACGCUAAAAGAACAUAUGGCCACUCACACAGGUGAUAUUCUCUACACAUGUCCACACUGUUCCAAAACAUUCAAUUCGAAUGCUAACUUACACUCGCACCGCAAAAAAAUGCAUCCAAAAGAAUGGGAGGAAGCACGUCGUACUCGGGGAAUGCCAGAGGAACUGUUGAAGAAGGUGCUUAUGGAGAAGGAAUCCAACGCUACCAAUAGAGCAGAUGAUAAUAGUAGCAAUAUACAUAAUGUAGAAAAUUCGAUUAAUAUCUCUGAAACGGCAGUGAAUUUUAAUAUGUAAGCUAGUGAACUAUUUGAACUGACACGUACAUUAAGUGCUGAAUAAAUUUCGGAUACAAACCUA